GGCGCUGCUGCAGCAGGGGUCCCGGAAGCUCGAAGCGGGCGAAGGCGGAUGGCGGCGCUGGGAUCUCCGCUCCGCACUUUCCGUGGCCUGGCGCGCGAGUUCCGGUUGGCGCAAGGAAGGCCCGGGCUCUCCUUCCGGGACGCCGCUGCGUAUCGGUAUCUGAGGGAGGCCUUCCGCGCCCACCGGGUAACCAGUGAAAAAUUGUGCCGAGCCCAGCACGACCUCCAUUUCCAGGCUGCCACCUAUCUCUGUCUUCUCCGUAGUGUCAGGGAGCACUUAACACUACACAAAGAAUAUCAUGGAAAAGGAGAUCGGACGGCAGAACAAGUGGCUGGACUUGUUGGCCUUAAACUACCACAGCAGCCUGGAGGGAAAGGAUGGGAGUGACCAUUAUAAAACUUCUAAAUCUUACUUCUCAAAAAUUGAUAAUUGAUAUUUUUCAGCCCUGUUUAUUUAAAUAAAAUGUUUGCAUGCAA